ACCUUCCCUCCCAGCCGUGCCCUGAAGCUGCCUCCCCUCUUCGCAGGCACGAGAGGGGACGGGUGGCCCCGCCCGCCAGCCUGCGGCCGGGCAGCCUCUGGCUCCUCAGUGGCCGGCGCGGCUGCCGCUCAGGCCCCUCGCUGCCCGCCGCGGGGAUCGUGGGACGGGCGCGGGGGAGGCGGUUAGAGCCGCGGCGGCUUCGACCCUAACGGAGCCCGGAGCUGGGAGACAAGAGACGGGACCCGGCGCGGGACCGGCCUCCUGCUCGGCGGCCCGCCGGAGCCCUGCCAGGGUCUACCAGCCCAGGUGCCAACUGUGUGAUUUGCCAGGGGAAGCGCCACUCCUGCUCCAUCCUAGGUCCUGCCCCCAUUCCACCCCUUCCCCCAACCUAAGGAACAGCAGCAUGAGAGGGAAGGCAUAAUUAUGGCAGAUUUUUCAGAGUCAGAAGGAGCUGGAAAUUGGAAAGAAAGAUGUGUAACUCUGGAGUCACAGCUGAUGAAAUUUCGUCUCCAGGCAAGCAAAAUCAGAGAGCUGUUAGCAGAGAAGAUGCAACAACUUGAAAGACAAGUUAUUGAUGCAGAUCGUCAAGCAGAGAGAGCUUUUCAGCAGGUGCAGAUUAUGGAAGAGAAAUUAAAAGCAGCUAAUGUUCAGACUAGCGAAUCGGAGACCAGGUUGUAUAAGAGGUGUCAAGAUCUGGAAACCCUGGUACAGGAGAAAGAUGACAUUAUACAAAACUUGGAGCAACAACUUGAAGAACAGAAGCAAAUCAGAAUACAAGAGGCAAAAAUCAUAGAAGAAAAAGCAGCUAAAAUAAAAGAAUGGGUGACAGUCAAGCUCCAUGAGUUAGAAGUAGAAAAUCAGAACCUUCGCUUGAUCAACCUAAACCAAAAUGAAGAGAUGAGAACAAUGCAGUCUAAACUGCAAGAAAUUAUGGGGAAGAAAUGUGUCCCUUCAACACACAAACCUGGGGAAGGCCAGCGACUAAGCAGUUUGACUUUUGGAUGCUUUUUGAACAGAGCAAGAAGUCCUCAGCAAGCUAUUAAAUUUGAUGAAAUAAGCAAAUCAUCAUGUAAAGAAUCAGAAUUAAGCGACGGUAAUAACAUAUUAGAGAAAAAAACCCAGCAAACAUCUCUUGCUGCUCUUGCACAUGACAGCAAUAAAGGUCAGAGGUCAUUACAGCAAAGCUCCUGUGGAUCAGAACAAAAUAAAAAUGCAAUAACAAGCUAUUCAUCAAAAGAUAUAGAUAGUAGUAUAUCAAAGAACUCAUGCAUUACAGGAAGUGACUGGAGCUCAGAUGAGGAUGAAGGAGGUAAUAAAAGACCAAAAUCCAGGCGUGCAUCUACCCUUUCAAGUCAGACAUCUGAAGAAAGCACAAGAUACAGCAGAAUUGGGAGUGAAAUGUAUUUGACAGCAUCUGACGAUAGUAGUUCUCUAUUUGAAGAGGAGAAUUUUGCGGUUCAGCGAUCCGAGCACAAAAAGCUAUAUUCCUGGCAGCAAGGAUCUCAGCGGAAAAGUCAGAACAAUCUACUUGGAAAGAGCAGUUCUGAGGCCUUAGGUAGAAAAGACCAAGAUAGCUCUUCAGAUGAACUGAAUAAGAAAUUUCAGUCUCAGAGAUUAGAUUAUUCAUCCUCAUCCAGCGAAGCAAAUACCCCAAGUCCAAUUUUAACCCCUGCUCUCAUACCUAAGCAUCCAGUUGUGACAUCUUCAACAGAGUCUCAGUGUGCAACGCAAUCAAAUUCUCCAUCAAAUUUGCCAACUCCAAAGUUGCGGACUCCCAGUGUUUUUAGUAUAAGUGUAGCAUUGGCAAAAAAGCACUUAAGCCAACCCCAGCUGAGUUCUGACAGAAUGUUUGAUGGAAAUAGAAAUGCUAUAAGCAUGAUACGGCCCUUGAGACCUCAGGAAACAGACAUCGACCUGCUGGAUGGGGAAAAUACUGACAUUUUAGAGAAAAUGGAGAUUGAUUAUGAGGGAGCAUUUACCUAUGACUCUUUUGAGGCACAGAGUGCAGAAAACCAGGAGUCCGGUGAUAUAACAAGGAAGGCAAUUAGCAACAAACCCCCUACUCCUCCUCUGCAUCGAUUCCCCUCCUGGGAAAGCAGAAUUUAUGCUGUAGCCAAGUCAGGUUUACGAAUGUCUGAAGCUUUCAACAUGGACUCUUUUAACAAAAGUACUGCGGCUAUAGCGUCGUAUACCAUGUCUGGACUAUACACUUCUUUGAUAUACAAGAACAUGACCACUCCAGUCUACACAACUCUGAAAGGGAAAGCAACUCAAAUAAGCAACAGCCCGUUCUUAGAUGACUCUUCGGGAUCAGAGGAAGAAGAUAGCUCCCGAUCCAGCUCACGGACCUCAGAAUCAGACUCUCGAAGUAGAAGUGGCCCAGGUAGCCCCAGGGCCAUGAAACGAGGUGUGUCUUUGUCUUCUAUGACCUCAGAAAGCGACUAUGCUAUUCCCCCUGAUGCCUACUCAACAGAUACAGACUAUUCAGAGCCAGAGCAGAAACUCCCUAAAACCUGUUCCUCAUCUAGUGAUAGUGGAAAAAAUGAGCCAUUGGAAAAAUCUGGAUAUUUGUUAAAAAUGGGUGGCAAAGUAAAAACCUGGAAACGACGAUGGUUUGUGCUCAAAGGUGGUGAGUUACUGUACUACAAAUCUCCGAGUGAUGUAAUUCGAAAGCCACAAGGUCAAAUUGAGUUAAGCGUAUCCAGCCACAUUGUAAGAGGUGAUGGAAAACAAACAGUUCAGUUGAUCACAGAAAAACGAACAUACUACCUGACUGCAGAUUCUCCCAACAUCUUAGAAGAGUGGAUCAAAGUACUACAGAAUGUUCUUAAAGUGCAGGCUGCUAGUCCACUUUUCAUACAGCCUGAUGUGAAGCCAGCCAUGAAAGGAUUGCUGACCAAGGUGAAACAUGGAUAUUCCAAAAGAGUGUGGUGUACUCUGGUUGGAAAAACUCUUUACUAUUUCCGUAGUCAAGAAGAUAAGUUUCCUCUGGGUCAAAUCAAGCUUUGGGAAGCUAAAGUUGAAGAAGUUGACAGGUCGUGUGAUUCAGAUGAAGAUUAUGAGGCCAGUGGUCGCAGUCUGUUAUCAACACAUUAUACCAUUGUUAUCCAUCCUAAAGAGCAAGGACCUACGUAUCUUCUUAUAGGAUCCAAACAUGAGAAGGACACUUGGCUUUAUCACUUGACAGUGGCUGCUGGGAGCACCAGUGUAAAUGUUGGAUCAGAAUUUGAACAGCUUGUUUGCAAACUGUUAAAUGUGGAAGGGGAGCACACCUCUCAAAUUUGGAGACACCCUACUCUUUGUCACAGCAAAGAAGGAAUUGCUUCCCCUCUUACAACACUGCCAUCAGAGGCCCUGCAAACUGAAGCAAUUAAAUUAUUUAAGACCUGCCAGUUGUUUAUAAAUGCUGCAGUUGACUCUCCUGCCAUUGAUUACCAUGUAUCUUUGGCCCAGAGUGCUUUGCAGAUCUGCCUCACACAUCAGGAGCUUCAAAAUGAGAUCUGCUGCCAGCUCAUUAAGCAGACAAGACGACGACAUCCACAGAACCAGGCAGGACCAAUACAGGGUUUGCAGCUGUUAGCUCUCUCUGUUGGACUAUUUCUUCCUCAACACCCAUUCCUUUGGCUCCUCAAACUUCACUUAAAGAAGAAUGCCGAUUCCAGAACUGAAUUUGGGAAAUAUGCAAUUUACUGUCAGCGAUGUGUUGAGAGAACCCAGCAGAAUGGGGACCGAGAAGCAAGGCCAUCAAGGAUGGAAAUCCUUUCAACCCUUCUAAGAAAUCCCUACCACCACUCAUUGCCAUUCAGUAUUCCAGUUCAUUUCAUGAAUGGUAUAUACCAGGUUGUUGGAUUUGAUGCCUCCACCACGGUGGAAGAAUUUCUGAACACCCUUAACCAAGACACAGGAAUGAGAAAACCAGUGCAGUCAGGAUUUGCAUUAUUUACUGAUGAUCCUUCUGGCAAGGAUAUAGAGCACUGUCUUCAAGGAAACAUCAAGAUCUGUGACAUUAUUUCUAAAUGGGAGCAGGCCUCCAAAGAACAGCAUCCUGGGAAAUGUGAAGGAACAAGAACUGUGCGUCUUACAUAUAAAAACAGGCUUUAUUUCUCAGGUCAAGUCCGUGGGGAGACAGACAAGGAAAAGCUGCUGUUAAUGUACCAGACAAAUGAUCAGAUAGUAAAUGGCCUUUUUCCUGUCAACAAAGAACUGGCACUGGAAAUGGCAGUUCUUUUAGCUCAGGUGGAGAUUGGGGACUUCGAAAGACCUUUCUCAACUCCAGCAGGGCAAGUUACUUCUCCCUCCAAGUCCAAUCAGACAUUGAAACAUGUAGUGGAGAGAUUUUACCCAAAGAGGUAUAGGCAUGGCUGUUCAGAAGAACAGUUAAGACAGCUUCGUCAGCGAUUAUCAACUAGAUGGAUGGCUCUCCGGGGGCACAGUGCUGCAGAUUGUGUGCGCAUUUAUCUCACAGUAGCCAGAAAGUGGUCAUUCUUUGGUGCUAAAAUGUUUGCGGCAAAACCUUUAACAACAUCCACAUUUGAGAGUUCCUAUGUAUGGCUUGUUGUACAUGAAGAUGGCAUAAGCAUUCUAGAAUACAGCUUUCUGCGAUUAAUAGUUACAUAUGUACACAAAAGUCUGAUGACCUUUGGAGGCUACCAAGAUGCCUUUAUGCUGGUAGUUAACAAUGCUCAGUCAAAAGACAAGCCAAACGAAAAACUCCUUUUUGCCAUGGCAAAACCAAAGAUUCUUGAGAUCACUCUACUGAUUGCCAGCUAUAUUAACCACUUCCAUCAGCAAAAGGGGGCUGCUCAUCAUCUCUCUGCUCCAGCAUUACUCUCACCUCAAACAGGACAGAAAACCAAGGAAAUGGGGAGUCAGCCGCUUCUUUCAAACAGCAGACCAACCAAAGGUCCUACUUUGUUAUGAAAGGAACAGAUACCUGUGAAAAUGUAUGCUUUUGGUAUGCUUCCUAUAUUGACUGAACAUCUUUGGUUGUGCCAGAUAUACAUCAUAUGCUAGUUUGCAAUACAAGCCAAGAAAGGUGGACUGGUUUCCAUCCAUUUUAGUUAAAGAGGCCCGUUAAAACUCUGCAAACAAAUUGCAGGUGGGCGAUUACCCUAUCAGAUGAAGCUCACCCCAUUUCAGAACAUGGGUUCAAAAAUACUUCCGAAGAGGAUUAUUUUGUGGGUGGGAAGUUGGCCUUUGAAGUGAUUUCAGUAAGUGUCAGGGAUUUUAAAGACAUUUCCCCUGGGAGGACUGUGUCUUCACCUCUCCACCCUUAUUUUUCAAAUUAUGCAAGUUGCAUAACCUUGGUUAUGAGAAAGCAUUUUUGUUUAAGUGGGAAAACAGAUACAUGUACUUUCCACUCCUUCACGCCUUCUUGUCUGCAAUACAAGCACCCUGGGACAUAGUCUAAAGGGGACUUUUUAUGAAAGCCCUUUUUAAAAAAAGUAUUGGCAGCACAUCAUUGAUCAUACAUCUUAUAAUUUAUUAUAAAUGUCUUCUCUUAUACAACAGUUUACUUGUGUGAUCCGCAGCAAUGGGCUGGUAGUUUCUACACAAUUCUUCUUUUUGAUUUUCUAAAUCUAAAUUGGGCAUAUGUUGUAGAAAACAUAGUGGAUAUUUAAAAAAAAAAACAGUGGAUAUUCUUAGUUUGCCUGCUAGUUUUUUCCCUUCUUUAAAUAACAUAGUUGAGAAAUGAGUAAGUUAGAAUUCAAAUCACAAGCACAAUAUAAAAAGCACUUACAUGAAUAGGUACAUGUAAACUUGGAGACAGACUUCAUAAAAUGUGUGAUGUGUAUACUGUACAGUAGUAUUGCAUAGUAUUUUGUAAAUAUAAGCCUAAUACAAUAAAGUGUUCUACUUGUCA